AUGGGUACAAGACAGGACCCGAACGGAACUCACAAAAAUGGCGGUGGCCCAUCCACUGCUCUAGCUUACCUCGACCCUAAAUACUGGGAUGAACGAUUUUCUACUGAGGAGCAUUACGAGUGGCUCAAGGACUACUCUCAUUUCCGGCACCUCAUUCAUCCUCUAUCACUCCCAAUUCUUCUGUAA